AUGUUCCAAUUGCUUCAAACUGUGGGCCAGUUUAGUGGAAUGCCAACAGAGGAUCCUCACCUUCAUAUUCACUUGUUCAUUGAAGUGAGUGACUCUUUCAAGCUGCCCGGAGUGACAAAGGAUGCCCUGAGACUAAAGUUGUUCCCAUACUCCUUGAGAGACAGAGCUAGAGCUUGGUUGAACUCUUUUCCAUCUGAUUUUGUGACUACUUGGCAAGAGUUGGCUGAGCGAUUUUUGAUGAAGUAUUUUCCUCCCACUAAAAAGGCCAAGCUCUGGAUUGAGAUUACCUCAUUUCAAAAACUUAAUGAAGAAUCUUUAUAUGAGGCAUGGGAGCGGUUUAAGGAUUUGUUGCGCAAAUGCCCUCACCAUGGCAUUCCACAUUGCAUCCAGAUGAAGACCUUCUAUAACGGUCUCAAUGCUUAUACUAGAAUGGUGGUUGAUGCUUCAGCGAAUGAGGCUCUUCUUGCUAUGUCCUAUAAUGAGUGGCCCGCUUCUAGAUCGUCUACAGGUAGAAAGGUGGCUGGUAUUCAUGAUGUAGAUGCCAUCACUUCUUUGGCAGCCUAUGGGGACACAAAUGGGGCAAAUGGAGAGCAUUUCUUAUGUGUAUUGUGUCAAGGAGUUGGCCCUAGCAAUUCUUUUAUGCAUCCAAGACCAAAUUUUCCACCGGGUUACCCCCCACAAGCACCACAACAAAGGCCACAACAACAAGCAAUGCAAUCUAGCUCUCUUGAGAACAUGUUGAAGGAAUAUAUAGUGAAGAAUGAAGCCAUGUUUCAAAGCCAAGCGGCUUCAUUGAGGAACUUAGAAAACCAAGUUGGGCAACUAGCUAAUGAGCCUAGAAAUAGACCCAUGGUACACUGCCAAGUGGUACCGAGAAUCCAAGGAAUGUGGGCAAGGAACAUUGUAAAGCCAUCAAUUUGA